GCUCUCCUCCCCGCUCAGGGCCCAGGCCGCCUCCUGGACUGGCCGGGCGUGGAGCGCGCACCGCCGCGGCGGCGCCCCCUCGGCGGGCGCCCGGCCCCUGCCUCGCUCGGCGCCCGCCCUCUGCGGGAGGCAGCAUGGUGCGCGGGGGCCAUGGGGCCCGACAGAGUGACCGCCCGAGAACUGUGCGAAAACGACGACCUGGCCACCAGCCUGGUCCUGGACCCCUACCUGGGCUUCCGCACCCACAAGAUGAACGUUAGCCCCGUGCCCCCCCUGCGGCGACAGCACCACCUGCGCUCAGCGCUGGAGGCCUUCCUCAGGCAGCGGGACCUGGAGGCCGCAUACCGGGCCCUGACGCUGGGAGGCUGGAUGGCCAACUACUUCCAGAGCCGGGGCCCGCGGCAGGAGGCUGCCCUCAAGACCCACAUCUGCCGCUACCUCCGCGCCUUCCUGCCCGAGAGCGGCUUCACCAUCCUGCCCUGCACGCGCUACUCCAUGGAGACCAACGGGGCCAAGAUCGUGUCCACCCGUGCCUGGUACGCGCAGGGACCUGGUCGAGGGCGCCCGCCGGCCGCUGACCAGAGCCGCAGCGGCGGGCUAGCCUCGGCCGAGACCGGUGUCUCCCUGCAUCGUUGGGGGGGCUGCGGCCCCCACUGCUGCUUGCGGGCGGAGGCCCUGGUGGCCCUGGGCCGGGCCCCCCGCACCCGCUGGGCCCCCCAGCAGGACUGGCACUGGGCCCGGCGCUACGGGCUGCCCUACGUGGUACGAGUGGACCUGAGCCGGGUGGCCCCUGCCCCCCCUGCCGCUGGCCUGGCCCCUGGGGCCCCGGGCCCACUCCCCCUCCCCAAGCAGGCCCUCGCCUUCGCCCCCUUCUCCCCACCCAAGCGCCUGCGGCUGGUGGUCAGUCACGGCUCCAUAGACCUGGACGUCAACAGUGACGGGCCCUGACGGCCCCACACGGAGCCUGGGCCUCCGGGAGCAGGGUCCCUCCAGACCCUGGCGGGCUGUGCUGGAUUCGCCACCCCUGGGGAGGGGGGGUACCCGACCUCUGGGAGGGAGCUGACCCUUGACCCCAGCACCGCCCCAGCGUGGGAGGGGUGUGGCUGGCCACCCCAGGGAUGGAGCCCUCCAUAAGACUGCUGACCCCUCUGGCCCCGGAGCCCUUGCAGCCCUCCCAGCCCCCGCCUCAGCACGGGGCCGCUCCUACCCUCCCCCCGGAGCAAAGCCAUAGGGGUGGGGGCCAGCACCUGCCGAAGCCCAGGCCCGAGGUGGGCGCGGGGAGCUGGGGUGGCCUGCCUCGGGGGGUGCUUGCUGUCUGACUGCUGGGGCAAGGUGGGGUGUCGGGGCCAGUCCCACCACCCAGGGUUUGGUGGGUCUCAGGGAGGCCGGAGCAACCUCGUCUUUCUCAUGGUGCUACCCCUGGUGCUACUGGGGUGUGGGGGCUUCCUCCCUCCCACGCCAGGACGUGGUGUGUUGGGGGGUUGGAAGCACUUGAACUUUUUAUUUUAUUAAAACCUUGUCAUAAGCAACACCCUGGGAGCUUCUCGUUCAAAUUUUGAGGGGUGGCCCUCGGCGGGGAGAGCCUCUGAGCCUUGCUGGGGAGAAGAGCCAGGAAGGGAGAGGCAUGGAGGCCAGCGACGCCCUCCGUGCCAUCGGGCUGGGCCUCCGCAUCCCAAGGUCCUCUGCGGUUCACAUCCAGGGACUGUUACAUGCCGCUGUUGGCCGCCUUCCCCCGGGGAAGGCCAGCUGGCUGGGGCCUGGGGGAGGCCCCUUGCGGGUCCUGGGCCCUG